AUGGAAGGUUUUGAUGAUCCUGGAAUGUUCUACAGUGCCAAUUUCGCCGAAGACGAUACUCCAGUUGGAACUGACCAAGUUAAUUUACAAGCCAUCAAGAAGAAAUUCAAAGACUUCCUUCGGCAAUUUCACACCGAAAAUUUUAACUACAAAUACAGGGAUAAUCUAAAAAGAAACUACAACCUUCGCCGGUUCUACCUCGAAGUCAACAUAGAAGAUGUGGGAAGCUUCGACGAGAAUUUAGCAGAUAAACUGUACAAGCAGCCUUCAGAGCACCUGGCCUUGUUCGAAGAGGCAGCCAAGGAGGUCGCCGAUGAGCUAACAACCCCUCGACUAGAGGGCGAAGAAGAAGUGGAAGAUAUCCAGAUUAUGUUGUCGUCCGAUGCUCACCCUUCUGAUCUGAGAUCCUUAAAAUCGGACGUUGUAUCUCGAUUAAUCAAGAUACCCGGCAUUAUUAUUAGUGCCUCGGGGAUAAAAGCUAAAGCUACUAAAAUAUCCGUUCAAUGCCGCACUUGUUCCAAUGUUAUACCCAAUUUACCAUUAAAACCUGGAUUGGAAGGAUAUCUCUUACCUAGGAAAUGCAACACCGAACAAGCCAACAGGCCGAAGUGCCCAUUGGACCCUUACUUCAUCAUGCCUGAUAAGUGCCAGUGUGUAGAUUUUCAAGUACUGAAGCUCCAAGAGCUUCCUGAUGGUAUACCGCAGGGUGAGAUUCCCAGACAUAUAACUUUAUAUUGCGAUAGGUAUUUAUGCGAACGAGUUGUGCCUGGCAAUAAGGUGCAAAUUCUGGGAGUGUACUGUAUUAAAAAAAUCAGCAGACCCACAAGACGUGAAGGUAGAGAGAAGGCUGUAACAGGAGUACGAGCAGCCUACAUGAGAGUCAUAGGCAUUCAGCAGGAUAACGAAGGUAUGGGAGCGUCUCGUUUCUCGAUCAUAUCAUCAGAGGAAGAGACUACGUUUAGAAGAUUAGCAGCGCUGCCUGACAUCUACGAGAAGGUAGCUGCUAGCAUCGCUCCGUCUAUCUUCGGCGCAACCGACAUAAAGAAAGCCAUAGCUUGCCUGCUAUUCGGCGGUUCGAGGAAGAGGUUACCGGACAGCUUAGUACGUCGAGGCGACAUUAACAUUCUACUGCUCGGAGAUCCAGGUACAGCCAAAUCUCAGUUGUUGAAGUUCGUCGAAAGAGUGGCACCGAUAGCUGUGUACACAUCAGGAAAGGGCAGCUCCGCCGCCGGUUUGACUGCCGCCGUUAAAAGAGACCCCGCUUCGAGAAAUUUUGUUAUGGAAGGGGGCGCAAUGGUGUUGGCCGAUGGUGGGGUGGUUUGUAUCGAUGAAUUCGACAAAAUGAGGGAAGACGACAGAGUGGCCAUUCACGAGGCGAUGGAACAACAAACUAUUUCCAUAGCCAAGGCUGGUAUCACCACCACGUUGAACUCGAGGUGUUCCGUGCUGGCCGCAGCUAAUAGUAUCUUCGGUCGUUGGGAUGAAACAAAAGGAGAUGAGAAUAUCGAUUUUCUACCCACCAUUUUAUCUCGAUUCGAUAUGAUCUUUAUCGUGAAAGACGAACACGACCAAAACAGAGACAUGACACUCGCAAAGCAUAUAAUGAGCGUUCAUAUGAGCGCAGGGGAAAUAUCUCAAGAGCCCAAAGAAGGUGAAAUGUCGCUAGAAUUCAUUAAAAAAUUCAUCAACUUCUGUCGAACUCGGUGUGGACCGAGAUUGAACAAAACGAGCGGUGAUAAACUAGUAACACGCUAUGUAAACAUGCGCUCCAACACACACUCAGAUAAAAAGCAUUCUAUUCCUAUAACAGUACGUCAACUGGAGGCUGUCAUUAGAAUAUCGGAGAGCUUGGCUAAAAUGCAAUUGCAACCUUUCGCUUCCGAAGCUCACAUAGAAGAAGCCCUCCGGCUUUUCCAAGUAUCCACUUUAGACGCGGCCAGAAGCGGAAGUCUCGCAGGCGUCGAAGGGUUUACCACAGAGGAUGAGUACGAUAUGUUGACGCGCAUCGAAAAGCAGCUGAAACUUCGGUUCGCCAUCGGCACGCAAGUAUCCCAGAGUGUUAUAAUCCAGGAUUUCGUCCAGCAACAGUAUCCAGAAAGGGCCGUAACGAAGGUCAUCCAAGGGAUGAUCAGACGAGGGCAAUUGCAGCACACGAUGCAAAGAAAAAUGCUGUACCGCCUCAGUUAA